AUGGAAAGACAAACCACGCUUAUAACCAACUACUUGAGGCUUCAUAGCAAACACACCUUCAAACAUUUCACUAAAACCAACGAGAGGAAUAUUGAGGAUAUAUCUAUAAAGCUACCGUCAAAUGAUAAAGCUAUAUCAUUGGAACGAGCUUGGGCAAAGAAAACUAGUCCUACAUUCAAGUAUAUUCACCAGAUUGUUGUUGCUAAGAGGAAGGCCAUUCGUUCACUCAGACUGACAAGCAUCAAAGGAAUUGCUGAUAUAUUAAAUACUGCUGCCAAUGAUGAUGAAGAGGAAGAAGCCAAGGUUUCGCUCAAAUUAGUCAUGCUGGUGGACGCAGGAAGUCUCAAGUUGGGCAGUUCGAUUGUUGAAAUAGAGUUUUUAAAGCUGGUCAAUUCUUCAUGCAUCAAUUUUUUGAGUGACAGAUAUAAAGAAUUGCAUCAAGUCAUUCUGCCACAUACUUUCAGACAGAUUUAA